AGCACAGGGAUGUGCAUGUGUACGUAUACAUAGCAAGGCGAGGUGCAAAUAUCCUCCCGGCCAGAUCAUCUCUUGCACAACUCUCCAAUCCUGUGCAGCCUGGCGGACCUUUUCUUUUUCCCUCUGCUGGUCGUCUCCAAACAUGCCUCUAGAGCAGAGCUUCUGAAGAGCUGCUUCCCCCUCUGCAUCUCCCUGAAAGCAGCUCUCUCCAAGAAGAGGCAGUGACCAGCAGCAUGGUGGGAAUGAUGGCAAUGAAGACAUGGAUUGAGCCGGUGGUUGCAAGCUCGCAAGUGGCCAGUGCCUUCUACGACACAGCUCUGCUGCUGGUGGUGAAAAACUACUACAACCAGACCAAUGGCACUGCUCCUUCCCAUGCACUAGAAGAUGCUCAGCAGAAGGCUGUCUCCAAUUUUUACAUCAUCUACAACCUUGUUCUGGGCCUGAGCCCGCUAGUGUCAGCCUACGGCUUGUCCAAGCUGGGGGACAGGAUACAUCGGAAGAUCCCCAUCUGCUUCCCUCUUCUUGGUUACUUGGGCUCCAAAACUCUCCUGCUCCUCCUGAUCCUGCUGGGCUGGCCAAUCGAGGUGAUGUAUGGGGCUGCUGCCCUCAACGGGCUGACAGGAGGCUUCACCACGCUUUGGGCAGGCAUCAUGGCUCUGGGAUCCCUGGGCUCCUCCGAGAGCAGGAGGUCUCUGCGGCUCAUCAUUAUUGAACUGGUGUAUGGCCUCGCUGGGUUUGUGGGAAGCAUGGCAUCUGGCUACCUCUUUGUUGGCUUCAGUGACCGCUAUCGAGAAGGCACUGUGCUGGUGUGCUGCAGCGUUGCUUGCUACACUUUCUGCCUCCUCUACAGUAUUUUUGUCCUGACAGUCCCCAAGCCAGGAGCCUCCUGCCCAGCCAAAGCCAAGAGUGCAGAAGAGGUGGGUAGCCAGCUACCAGCCCAUACAGGAGCAGCAGCAGCAACAGGGAGUUCCCAACCUUCAGGGGACAGCAGCUCCUCUCUAAUAUCCCCCUCGAAACUCAUCAUCAUCCUGCUUUUUGUGGCAGCAAUCCUCUAUGACCUUGCUGUAGUUGGUGCAAUGAACAUACUCCCACUGUUCUUGCUCAGGGAGCCUUUAAGCUGGAAUGCUGUGGAGAUCGGCCAUGGCAAUGCUGCUGGGUACGUGAUCUUCAUCACCAGCUUCCUAGGGGUACUUGUAUUCUCCAGAUGCCUCAGGGACAUUACCAUGAUCAUGAUUGGAGUAGUAUCGUUCAGUGCUGGCAUCCUCAUCAUGGCCUUUGUGCAGUGGACGUUCCUGUUCUACAUUGCACGGGCAGUGAUGCUCUUUGCCCUCAUCCCCUUACCAACCAUCAGGUCCAUGUUGUCCAAGCAUGUCGAAGGAUCAUCCUAUGGUAAGGUGUUUGUCCUGCUGCAGCUGUCUUUAGUCAUCACGGGAGUAGUGACAUCUACAGUCUAUAACAAGAUCUAUCAAAACACACUGAACUGGUACAGCAGCUUCUGCUUCAUUUUGUCUUUUCUAGUUGGCUGCCUGAGUCUCCUCCCUUUAAGCUUUGUGGCCAUCAAACAACGUUCAACCACUGGCUCCCUUCAGAUUCUGACUGAGUGACAGAGGCAUCUUUUGGUCAUCAACUCUCUGAGCUACCAAAAUGGAAGGUUUGCCAAGCAUUAGUCCCCACACUUACCAACAUUACCGAAAGCUUAUCAUUUGUAUUUCCACUUCACAGCAUGCCCUGGUGUCUCAGUCACUAAGCUCACCCAGAAAAAGAAGUUUUCCUUGUUACUUCUGCAGUACCUCAUCUUGGAGAGUAUGUGCAUUGGCUAUUGCACACUAGCAGUCCUCAGAGCAUUCUGCUUUCUGCUGGGCUAGUCAGCAAUGGCACAGAGGGACAACAAUAAAGGUUAGAAAUGAAAACUGUUUCUAGACACACCAUUCAGUAUGGAAGGGGAAAAGAGAGGAUCAGUUUUCCAUUAGUUCCUUCCUGUCUGUUCAUUCAGAAACCUCAGGGCAGUUCUGUGACUUUGGCUGAUGAAACGGGGCUGCGAGCCACAUGCAAUGUGCACACAGCCCUCAGCAGGACACACCAGCUCUCCCAAGUGCUACGGAAGAUGUAAUCAGCACAGCCAAAUAACGUCACAUAAAAGACCAUUAAAUACAGAAAUACCAUCGUAAAAAGAUGUAAGAUUAAGACACUUUCAGUAAUUCCUACAAUAA